AUGUUCGACUCCAUCUUAGAUCCCAACCGACUCAAAACCAGUGUUGUCAAGGCUCCAGCUGCUGUCUCUGAGUCACAGAGGGAUGGUCAGGACAUGGCUAAUGAGAUCAAUGCUGCCAUUCGCAAGGAAAAGUCUUCAUUAGCUGUCGCUGAAUGUGUACCUGUUCGUGCGGCGUCUCUAGAGAGGCUCAAGAAGUUUCUCGAGACAGAGCCCAAGAUGGUUUUUGAUCGGUUAAACAUAUUCCGCAACUCGCUUUUAACUUUCUAG